ACAUCCAACUCCAUCAACUACCCGCCGUCGACAACCACCCACCCCCCCCCUUCAUUCUUUUCGGUCUCCUUCGUCCCCAGCAGCCAAUAUGUCGGACUCUACUGUUGGCCAGACGAAGCAGUUUGGAAAGGGCCAGAGGCUCGUGCCGGCCCAGAAGGCCCAGAAAUGGUACCCCGUGGACGAUGAGUCGCAGCCCAAGAAAGUCCGCAAGACUAUCCGUCCCGCCAAGCUGCGCGAGAGCCUCAAGCCCGGUACCAUCCUGAUCCUCCUCGCUGGCCGCUUCCGUGGCAAGCGUGUCGUUCUCCUCAAGCACCUCGACCAGGGUGUCCUCCUCGUCACCGGCCCCUUCAAGAUCAACGGUGUUCCCCUCCGCCGUGUCAACUCCCGCUACGUUAUCGCCACCAGCACCAGUGUCGAUAUCUCCGCUGUUGACUCCCAGACCCUUGAGAAGGUCUCCGCCAAGGAUUACUUCACCAAGGACAAGGCCACCCAGAAGAAGUCCGAGGAGGCUUUCUUCCAGCAGGGCGAGAAGCCCCAGAAGAAGGUUGUUGCUAGCGCCCGCGCCAGCGACCAGAAGGCCGUCGACCAGUCCAUCCUGGCCAGCGUGAAGAAGGAGAACUACCUUGGCAGCUACCUCGCCAGCUCUUUCAGCCUCCGGAACGGCGACAAGCCCCACGAGAUGAAGUGGUAAAUGUCUCCUGGCGGUGGCCGCGGGUUCGGUAAUUCAUGUGGGGGAAUCAUGAUGAUGUGCGGGACGGCUUAAAAUUUGCGAAUUGGCACUUCCCAAGGUUGGGAAGCAAGCGCCAGGAGGGAAACAGUCUUUAUGAAACCAUGUAACUUUCGAUUCCACGGAUCCGUCUUUUUAUUUCUGCUAUUAGGUUAUGCGAAUAACUUCGGGACCAAAGAUCGGGUUAUAUGGGUCUCAACGGCAGUUUCUCCCAGCGUGGGGCCGAUUGGCAAGGAAGCCGAAAUGUCAAACAAAAAGAAGAAAAAAAAGAAGAACGAAAGAAUACCUCUUUUUAAACCAGCUGUUACUUGUUCCCCUACAUAUAAGGCUGGGCGUUUUUAUGUUUAGUAUGAUAUAUCUCCAAUUUCCAGGUCCGGGCGGAAAUUUCAAAACUGAGAAAUGAAGGUCUUAUUUUAAGUUUA